AUGUCUGCAUCUGAUCAAACACUUGUUUGUGUGAAACAUGUCAAACAAGACAUAAUUCAUGAAUGGGAUGAGAGCAUGCCAUUACCAGGAGACAUCAUUGAAGGAUUCUCAACAGAAAAUAUCGAUGUUGCCGAUGAAUCCUUUUUGCCUCCAAAGACUAGUUUAGAGUUCAGUUCACAGCUUGGUAAGAUCAACAAUUGCGUCGAGUCCAUAUGGAUUAAGGUUAGAAGAGGUGAUAGUUUGCUGAAACUUCAGACCUGUAUUGUUCAACAGAAAGUUUCUGUUCUUAGAAAGAAGUACACUGUACAAGCCAUAACAGAUCGUAGACAUAUCGCGGAUUUAGCCGAUCUAACAUUAAAGCAGUGCAUUGAACUGCAAGAAAUGACAAGGAGAUUAGUGAAUAUGAAGGACAAAGGAUUCCGCAGAGACGCGAUGAAAUAUGAUUGGAAGAUGAAAGUAAAAACCUAUCUGCCUCAUCAAAAUUCCUCAGUUGUAAGUUCCAUUCUAUUCAUGCCACUUGUCAGUGAGCACUGCAUCGAUACCGUUACGGCUAGGUGCAUGGCCUGGUUUAGUGCAGCAAUUUCCUCAGGGGUCCCUCUUGUUUUUGUCAAUAUCCAAACCGAACUGAUACCACCUAAGGAAAAUACCAUUUCUAACCAACAAAUCCAUUACACUACUCAACUAAUUCAUGGUAUAAGGUUAUGGUUUCUACCUGGACUAAACGAAAUUGCGAUAGAAUUGGUCCCUCAACGAAACGAAGCACGCUUUGGAAUGGAAAUCAAGCGAACUGAAGAGGUACAUAAUUGGAUUCUUCUUUAG